AUGGACCAAUCGCGAGCAAAAGGCUGUCUGAGGUCUAACUAUGGACUGAAAACUUACACUCCUGAACAAACCAAGGAACAAUGGCGAGAGAGCAUGAGGGGAGAAAAACGCCUUUCAGACUCGCAUCUUCUAACGUCGAAAUGCAGUGAGGCACUUUCCAAGGCCUGGAAAACAAAUUUUGCAAGACAUAUAUGUUCAGAUGUUCCAUUAAACUACUUCAACACAAACAAAAAGCAUGACAGGAUAUCAACUUACGACAGAACAUUUCAUAUAAAGGCAGGUUAUUGCAGUAAGCUUCACCGGGACGACAGAGAACAUACUCGAGGACUCAAUGUUAAUUCUGAGGAACAAACAAAGUCCGUUCCAGUCCUCAGUUCUUCUCUGUAUGGACACCGCCCUCCUCUCGAGAUUCCUUCUCGGAGACACGUCCGAGUGGCAACUGUUAAACGAGAUUUCUUUCGUGAUAGUGGAACAAACAUUCCUCUUCUUUAA